AUGGCACUUCCGCCUACAGCAAUAGCAGCAACACAAAUGCCACUAGCUGAUCCCGGCCUAAUGAUCAAUGGAGUAUCGAUAGAAACCCGAUCUCACUGGAUGCGUCUCGCAAAUCAGGCGUUAGGAGAUUUGAGCGGCUCCCCUUGCCCCUUUGCAGCUUUUGGAACUGUGAUAGUGAACCACACGGACUCUAUUGCGGGCGAGCUUAUCUGCAUGGGCGUCAAUGAGAAUGGAAAAACAGGAGAAAUCGCGGCAAUUACCAACUGCACUAGUAUUCUAACCGAUCCUCAUGGCAAAUACCGUCUUACUGCUACCGAGGCGGCAGCGGCGUUUACCGAUUUAUCUCUAUAUACGAACGCCGAAAGCUGUCCAAUGUGUGCAUCAGCGAUUCGGUGGGCUGGGUUCCGCGAGUAUAUCUACGGAACAUCGAUUGCAACACUGAUCGAGAAAGGCUGGAGACAGAUCCGUAUUGCAUCAGUGGAUGUCUUUGGGGCCUCUUUCGAUCUCCCAUAUUCAUCACGGUUGAUUGCUGGUGUUCUUACUGACGAAACGGAUCCUUAUUUCCUGUGGCAAUACGAUCCGACCUAUCCAUGCCCCCGAGGGUGCUCACGAACUAAGGGUGAGACAAGCUGUGCGGUGGGUUCAGGUUAA